UUCGCGCGAAAAACAUACUGAGAGACAAACGUAACUCGUUGAUAAUAAAAUAUUAUUUAUCAAUUAAAAGUACAUAAUUAAAUAAAUAUGUUUUGUUUGAAAUAUCGUCAGUUAUUACCAAAAACAAUUAUCGUCCGUAAAAUGGCUACUGUAAAAAGGUUUUAUCGCAAGACAAAUAUAUUACAAAGUGGUGAUAAAUAUGAAAUAACACUAGACCAACGAAAACUAAAGACACCUAAAGGACGAGUAUUUGAAGUCACGAGUAAACCAUUGGCUUUAGCUGUCGCAUUAGAAUGGGAUAGUCAAGAGGAAACUAUUCACAGGAGUAAUAUGCAUUUGACAGCUCUAUGCAGUACAUUUUUAGAUAACCCUCAGCAUUUAAGUUCCAUUGACAUUGUUAAUUAUAUUGCUAAUUAUUUAGAGACUGACACUAUUUUAUUUCAAUCGGACGAAACGGAAGAAUUAUUUAAACUGCAGAAAGAUAAAUGGGAUCCAAUGAUUCAGUGGUUUUGUGAUAAGUAUCAAGUCGAUAUAGAAAAAACUACAAGUAUAAGUGCGCCAAUUAUUCCGAGUAAUACCAAAGAAACCAUAGUAAGACAUAUGGCUUCUUAUGAUGCUGCAGCACUUCAUGGAUUUAUGUAUGGUGUUGAUGUAUUAAAAUCAGUUAUUCUAAUGCUAGCUUUGUCCGAAAGAGUCAUAAAUGUUGAAGAAGCUGUUAGUUUAUCGAGACUAGAAGAAGAGUUUCAGAUAUCACACUGGGGUAAUGUAGAAUGGUCCCAUGAAUUAAGCAAACAAGAUUUACAGGCACGAUUGGCAGCGGCAGUAUUAUUUAUUCAUUUAAAUUCAUCAUCCACUACUACAAAACCCAAACUUGACAGUACAUAG